AUGUCAAUAGCCCCGACCUCUUCCACCGAGGCAUAUUUGCCGGCUUGUAAUGGUCAAGUGAACUUGAGACAAGCAUGUACUUGGAGCCUAACACGAAUCAAAGUUUUCAUGAUCAAGGUUAUAGACAAUCAUUCUACCUAUGGAGUGAAACGGACGGUCGUACCAGAAUUGAAACGACUACGCACCGAUAUUCUCGAUCUCGGCGAAAAUGGGAGCAGGUAUCAGUCCGAGCCCCUCUACCCCCAGGCAAUUUCGAGGACGGUUAACCCAGCAGCGGCCAAUGAGGAUGAACCAUACUUCUUGUUGGAUGAAUUGACAUAUGGAGGUGUUUCAUAUUGGAACUCCUUUGACCUUCUAGAAGGGCAAGGCAACCGCUGGGUCAAAAUUCUGCAACGAGCUCGUUUCGAUGUUCUUCGUGAUCAAAGAAUUGACACAGCGGGAAUAAAAUUCGAGCUUACAGUUUUAAGGGGUCGAGGAGGUCAUCCUAUUCCUUUUGGAAACUGUGCAGAAACCUAUCCUCUCGCGAAUGUCCUACGGAACCGUGCCUCUGGUGAGGAGGUGUAUGGCUUUGCGGUGAUGCUUAGCAAGCUACCCAAAGAUGGCCCAUGUAGCCACUCGCAGGCAUUGGAUGCAAUGACUAAACCUUGCGCUAAUUGUCAACAGGUGAUAACCACAUGGGGUGGAAAAGUAGAGAACUUCAUCACAGAUGAUAUGCCAGAGAGAGGUACCAUUUCAACUUUUGGGGUGCAAUCGCCUACAUCACCUUUGGACCCAAGAGCAUCUACAUCGAAAAUCGAUUUACCAGCCCAUCCGAAGCGGGCUGCUCCAGCAGACGAUACCGAUGAACCUGCGGCGAAAAGGGCUAGAGGUCCGGCACCUGAGGUUCCUAACAAGCCAUCUCAUUUAGACAAGGGAAAAGGCAAACGGAAAUAA